UCAACAAAAACAUUCCAUCUGUAUAAUUUUGUGUUUUCAUUUUGUGUACUCUAUCAUUUUUAUAUUUAUUUCUUUAUUUAAUAUCCUACACAGUUCGGAAAGUUUGUUGGCAAGUAAUAAAUUGAGCCUAUUUUAUUUUUAAUAAAAUGUGCUAUUUUGCAUUUUCGUGACUCCGUAAUGUGAAAGAAGUGGUUGUUAAGGAUAUGCUUUCGGGUUGGUACUGCCGCUCUAUGGCGAAUCAGCAAGCUGCUCAAAACGACGAAACUGAUCCCAAUGUGGACGAUGAUUCUGGUUCAGAUGAUGAUAGUCAAGAACAACAACAAACACAGUCAGGUUUAGGUAUUGGUAGUGGUAAUGGCGGAGGAAAUAGUUCCAGCACACCCAACGCCGUGGACUAUAAGUCACAGUAUCGGUACCUAAAACGCAAGCUUAAGUUUCUAAUUUAUGAAAAUGAAUUCUUUCAAGAUGCUCUGCGUUCUAAUCAACGACGGCUUUUGAAAGUGUCCCGCGAUCGAGCAUUUUUGUUAGACCGUUUAUUGCAGUAUGAGAAACCCGAAAAUACAUCUUCUGAAAGUGACGAGACUGAAUCGUCGGAAGAUGAAGCUACCAAGGAAGCAAAAAAGCGUAAACUUGAACAAAACACAGCGACUAAUCAAGGAGGUGGUGUUAGUACUGGUUCCACACGCGGACGCAAAAAGAAAGUGCCACAAGUUCAACCGACUGAAAAUUCUCAAACACCUAAACCGCCAUCUAUUGACGUUGUCAAUCAACAUCAUCCAAAUACUGAUUUUGAACAAACACAACAAAUGCAAAUGUCAGCGGCAGAAGUGGAACGACACUUACAGUCUCGCCAACAAGUCAUGGAGCUAGUACAAGAUCGUGCGCCAGCCACUGUGCCCACAGAAAUGUUCAGCAAUGAGCCCUCACUAGAUAGUGAAUCUAAUGACCAUAUGAUGGAUGGUUCUUCUCCUACUCAUGUUGCGGCUGAAGAAUGUGUACAAAUGGAAUACACGAAUUAGAAUUUUUCUCAAAAGUUCGUUCCGAUUUAUUAAACAUUUUAAAAGAA